AUGUACGAGCUCCGGAAAGAUAAACCGUUUUAUUGUACCUUAACUUUACUAAAUAUAUUCCUUUGGUAUCCUUUAAAUGAAUCUUCUCAGUACAUCACAGUCUUUUUUACUUUGUCUGGGCUAUUACGAUGUAUAUCUAUAUUAUCUGGAUUAGGAACGCUUAUGCAUCUUGUUAUGAUUAUAAAAAAUAAUAUCGAUAUUGAAAUAAGUGAAGAUAUAGGUGACCUUACAGGCUUUGUUGGAUGCAUGGUUGUCUGUUUAACAUUUCUUUUUCAUCAUUCAAGAUGGUCUCAUCUUUUUAAUAAUAUACUGGACUUUAAGCACUUUGGAACUCCUCCAGACUAUGGAAAGAUUGUCAAAAGGGGAAAUUUUAUUUCUUUGAUAUGUUUGCUUUACACAAUACCCGGAAUGCUAUGGUAUUGCUUUGUAUCCUAUAUGCAAGUACCGGAAUGUAAGGAGCUAAAUGUCCAAAAACAUCUAAAUGAGCCAUGUGGCAUGGUAAAUCCAACUUGGCUCCCCAUAAAGGAUGUGAGUGGCACCUCUUUCAUAGUCUGCUAUCUCUUUCAAGUAAUCGGGAUUUUCGUGUAUCUUCCUUCCGCAUUUGCUAUUUGCAUCAUCCCAUGGGAAGCUGUUGAGGUUAUUGUAGCAAGGAUUAAUCAUUUAAAGGGCAUUUUUAAAGAAGCUUUUGAAUCUGAUGAUAUAGAAUAUUCUAGGAAGAAGCUGGGUUAUUGUAUCAGUUAUCAUCAGGAUAUUUUAACAAUGUCUAAAGAGUUAAGUGAGCUAGUAAGGAUUACUAUUGGAAGCACUUUUUUAACUGCGGCUAUUGUGAUUGGUUCUUUAGGCAGUCAGUUGUUGAGAGAAUCAACACCAAAGGCAAUCAGUUUUGUCAUGGGCUAUAUAAGUGCAACCUUUUUCGUCUGCCAUGCUGGUCAAAGACUAAUUGAUGAGAGCUUAAACUUGGCCAAUUUUGUGUAUGACUCAAGGUGGUAUGAGGUGUCUCCAAAGUUAAGAAAAGAGUUAGUUUUUGUUUUAACCAGAUGCCAAAAAGCGAUGUGCUUAGCAGCAUCAGCUUAUAUGGGAAGCGCUGGAUACGUUCUGUUUUGCAUUAUGAUAAAAACGUCAUAUUCAUACUUAACAUUACUGAAUCAAAUGGUAUAAUAUAUUAAAAUGGCGGCUUUGAUCAGAAAUCUAACAAAUUUGUAACUGACAUUGGAUUUUCUAUAUUUAUUUCAUAUCAAGAAUAGGAAAUAGUUUACCAGACACAACAAAUAAAUACGGCAUU